AUGGAGAGCUGGAUAUCUAGGUCUGGUCUAACUUCACUUCAGAGAACCAGUUUAACAAAGAUAGACACAAACCUAGUUUCCGCUUUUGCAGAGAGGUGGCAUCUAGAGACAUCUUCAUUUCACAUGCUGUUUGGUGAGAUGACGAUUACUCUAGAUGACGUAUCUUGCGUGCUUCACUUUCCCAUCAGGGGAGUCUUCUGGAACCCUCAAGAUAUCAGUGAAGCGCUUGCUGUUGAGUGGGCUAUUGAUUAUUUAGGAGUGUCACAGAGAAUAGCACAACAACAAGUCAGUGAGUGCAGGGGUUCCUACUAUAAGGUGGAGUGGUUAUAUGAUCGGUUCGUAGAGCACAGAGCUGCAUCUCGAUGGGAUUAUGCCACUAGAGCUUAUUUGCUGAUGUUAGUGGGUUCCACUAUUUUUGUAGACAAGACGUUUAUGCUUGUCGAGGCACGAUACCUCUCACUGUUUAUAGACUUGGAUGGCUUAUCAGGAUACAGUUGGGCAACAGCUGUGUUGGUUACUCUUUACAAAUAUCUCGGAGAUGCUUCCAUGUUCAGCUGUAAGCAGUUUGGUGGUUAUCUGACUCUCCUACAGUGUUGGAUUCAUGAGUAUUUUCCAACACUUUGGAAAAGAGGAGAGAACUUGAUACCAGCUAAUAAUGUGGGUCUCCCACGAGCGAUGAGAUGGUCCUAUAUGCAAGGUGCCUUGAACGUGGAUGACUUGAGGCCUAUUCUUGACGAGCUGACACCUGCCGAUGUCAUAUGGCGCCCAUUCGAGAAUCAUAGAGUAUGGCGUUAG